AUGAAAAAAAAAAAAGUACUUAUAUCGAAGGCAAACAUAAAAAACCCCAUAAAGAGCUCAAAGGCAACAGAGGAUGAGCAUGAGAAGAAAACACGCCGCCUUUAUCCUCCUUCUCCUCCUCCACCACCGCCGCCGCCGGUGGAGCCGAGCCACCGGCUUCACCGCCAAGUUUUAAGUGGGGUGUCAAAGAAAAGCCCAGCCAAAUCUAUGAAUAUGGGGUCGUCUUGUUGUGGCAGCUUUCCCUCUGGUCUGCUGGCCAUUCUGCAACAUGAGAAAACCUCGGUUUUCGUUCCUCGAACUGGAGGAUAUUUCUUAAUCUUGUUGUCUGUUGCAACAUCUGAGGCAUGGGAGGUUGAGAAGCCAGCUGCUCUGAACUUGGAGAAGGCCUUAUCAUCUGGUUCUGGCCAACCUGAUUGGUGGGACCCUGCCUACCUAUCUGCUUAUUCGCCUCGGGCUGUACCGGCUCCAUCAAAUUACUGCAAAUCUAAGAAUGCGAGCCUCACCGAGUCAAUAAAAUUAUCAGCCAUCUCCAAAAGGAGGUCUUCCACUUCCGGAUCUAUAGCAUCUGUUGCCUCUGUUGCUGGAGCCGAAGGGAGGACGAGUUUGGAGAAGACAUUGAGGGAAUUUGCUUUAGCCACUGCUGCUGUUGAGAUAAGGCAUUGUGGAGCAUGCCCUGCUGUCCAUUCUGAGCCAGCCCGGAAAUCUAACAAACUCCAGCUGUUGGAGCAUUUUAAUGAAACAGAUUUACAUCGCAUGUCAAAACAUCAGUUAUAG